AUCUACGCUCCGUGGGAUCGGCAACAAUUGUAGUGAAAUUUGCACUCAGCACCUUACAAAUAUGGUGUCUGCCAAAGAUGCACUCUUGCGACGAAGUUGGAGAAAGGAUACAUACCUAAUUUCAACUGAUCCCAGUCUGAUUCCUGUGGACGAAUUGAACAAAGUCUUCGGGUCUGAAGUAUUUUAUUGGGCAGACGCCUUACCGGAGUCAGUUAUGACUGAAACGUUGAAGAAUUCACUCUGUUUUGGCCUGUAUGAUCUCGACCCAUCAGCGUUGGUAAGCGACCGUAGGGAGGACGAAGAAACGCUCAAGCUGAUUGGGUUUGCUCGCUGCAUAACCGAUUUCACGACCUUUGUCUUUUUAACCGAUGUUUAUGUCGAUCCUCUCUUACAAGGCAAAGGACUCGGCGCUUGGUUGAUCACCUGUGUGCAGGAGUCUAUCGAGUCAAUGCCAUACCUUCGACGUAGUAUGCUUUUCACGAGCGACUGGAAACGAUCAGUGCCUUUCUACGCAAAAUUGAUGGGAAUGGAAGUAGUCGAAUGCAAUGAAGAAGCGGACGGCGAGGAAAGCAAAGGUGCUGCAAUAAUGCAAUACAAAGGUCCGGCCUUUCCCGCCAAUCUGUAAUGACUAUGGGGCACUUUCGCCAUUGCUCUUGUCAAACUCCCGC